UCAGCUCCAAUCGGAGAUUCGCAUCACAAAAGUAUCCGCUUGUAAUACGACCAGAUUGAAAUGGAAAUUACAAAACGUUACCAUCACUUACAUCUACCCACGAUCUGUCAUAAAUGCUAUCGUAAAUGUGACCGAAGAAACUAAAAUAAUGAAAAAAGUAAUCGUGCGCGUGCAUCGAUGCGACGAUCAAGGAUUCAAUUGCAAGGAUUUCCAGACCUGGCGAUUUGAUAAUUUUUGCUCAAUAUUGAAUUGGAAAAAUCAAAUGUGGAAUGGAGUCGUUGAUUCUAUGCGUCCGCCAUUUCGAUGUCCUAUUAAAAAGACUGUGUAUGAAGGGCGAAAUAUAUCAUAUGAUUUCAACGCAGUCAUGAAUUGGUACCCUGAAUACGCCAAGUAUCAUUGGAGACACGAAACUGAGGUAUUAAAUGAGCGCAAUGAGCUGGUGUUUUGUCUUUCCAUUGAAUCUCACGUGUAUCAAUACAGAAAAAGGAACAGGAAAUCAUAAAAUAAAUUUGAAAAAUGAUAACUAAUACCUAUAUACAAAUUGGUUGCAAUAAUGAAACAAUUCGUGAGCUGGGGGAUAUGGAAUAUGGAAUCAUUGCUCGUGCUCGUAAUAUAGAAAAUAUAUUUUUUUGAAAAUAAUAAAAAAAGUUGUACCUAUACAUACAUAAAUAAUAUAGGUACCAAAAAAAAUGCUGAUUUUUUUUCCU